AUGAUAACGUUUGAGAACCACUGCUUUAAGGAGCUGUUGAGCAACACCUGUGCAGGUAGAGUGGCUAAAGAUAACCAGAGUGGCAGGAUGCAGUGUGAGGUGGCAGCCAAGAUUCAAGGCAGCCAGUGCCUGAGGCAGCAAAGCAACCCCAACACAUCACUGAGCCUCCUCCAUGCUUCACAGACCCAAGCCGCUGACUUGGCUGCGGUGAUUGCUCGCAUGCAGCAUAAAGCAGAUCAAGUAGAGAGGAAUAUCCUGCGAUGCGAGGAGCUGCUGAAUUCGGACAAAGAGCGUGAUGCGAAGAAUCAGCGCCUGCUCCACGAGAAGGAGAGUGCAGAUAACCUGGCAGAGGCUGAGGGGCUGCUGAAGGAUCUCUUUAUGGAUGUGGGCAAAGCCAAGAAGAUGCAGCACCCGCAGGCUACUGAGAUAGAGAAAGAUGUGAGUAAUCUCCAUGAGCGCUGGGCCAAGGACUGCAGCACCUACAGGGACCUAUAUGACCAGGUGCUGGAUCUGAUGCCGACAAAAAGGGUCGACUGGGGAUCUGUGCUGGAUGAAAAACUGGGACAGAUAAAGUCAGAGGCGUACGGCCCCAACCUGUCUGAUGUAGAGAAGCAGAUUGCAGAACAUAACAUUCUGCACCAGGAGAUCGACGCGUACAACGCCCAGCUGCAGCCCACCGCCUCACAGGUAACAACGCAACUCGACGAGAUCAAGGACAAAUAUGACAGACUUUUGGAGAGCUCCCUGGAGAGGCGCAACUACCUCGCCUCUAUGUACGAGUACAUGCAGAGCUGCAGUAAGGAGCUGGGCUACCUGUCAGGCCAGCAGGACAGAAUCCUGCAAAGAGACUGGAGUGACCGCAUGGUCGACCCCGCAAGCAUCCGCAUGGAGUACGAGAAAUUCAAAAACAAUGGACUGCUUGCACAUGAGAGUGAAGUCAACCAGCUUCAGACAGAAGGAGACCAACUGAUUCAAAGGAAACACCCCGGCAUCUCAGCCAUAAAGAGUCACAAAGAAGCCGUACAGAAUCAGUGGCAAGCCUUUCUCAACCUGUGUCUAGCGCAGGAUAUUCACCUGGAGAACAUUGAAGAAUACAAGAAGUUCCAGCUGGAUGCAGAGACACUGUCUGUGUCCCUGGACAGACUAAGAUCCAGUGUGGACCCAAAAUCUGUGUCUGCCAAGAGCAACUCUGAGGUCCUGUUGGAGCUGGAGGGAGAUGAACCAGCAAUAAGGAGGAAUGACCAGCGCCUGGCUGCCCUCAGGGAGCUCGGUAGCAAGGUCGUGCCUCUGAAGUUGCGCCGAAUCAAGCCCACUAAAUCCACCACUGUCGUCACUCUGUGUGACUGGGACGAUGAAAAUGGCACAGUGAUUCGUAAUGAUGAGCUAAUCCUGAAGUCUAACUGGGAUAAGAAGUGGGAGCUUCAGACCAGCACUGGGAGGCUUAAAAGCGUGCCUGGUGCGUGUUUCAUGGUACCAGCACCUGAUGCUGAGGCCUUGGAUAGAGUAAACAGUCUGGACAGAGAGCUGGCAGACUUGAAGAGCCGUAGAUCUGCUCUAAUUGCCUCCUUGAAGAACCGCACUGUGGAAGUGGUUCGCCCUCAGAGGGCAGUCACUGCAUCCAGUGCCCCAGAAGAUCCUAGAGCUGCAGAGCUGCCCAGUAAAUUGGACAAGAUCAUCAGCGCCCUGGAUCAGAGUGAAAAAGAAAUCCUGAGCAGAGUGAGGGCCCCUCUAGACAACCGCAGCCCAACACAAGACCUUACAAACAGGCUGCGAGAGCACGAGAAAUCUGCUCUGGCUGUACGCAUGCUGGAGUCUGAGAAGUCUGCGGUCCAGAGAGAAAUGGAGCCUAUUCUGGCCAAGAAACCCCUGGGACCCAUCACCUCUACACUGCCCACCAAACUCAGUACUGCCAAAAACAAGAUUGAUGACAUCAACACCCUUAAUGAGCUUUAUAAUAAAAAAGCUACAGCAUCCAUGUUUCUAGAGAGGCAGAUGCAAACUGUGGAGGGCAUUGUCUCUGGGUUUGAGGAGAAGCUGGCUAAAGAUGGCACCAUUCUUGACCAAAAGAAUGUCCUCCCCUCUCGCAAAAUACAGUUCCAGGCCAUGCUUAAGGAUGUUGCCUCACAAAAGGAAGAGGUGAAUAAACUGGGCAGAGACUUGGAUCUGACAGAGCAAGCGUGCAGCCCUCUGCAGCAGAGUUUCAAUGAAUAUUGCCCUGAUAUCCGCCGUCAGGAGAAUACGGUGAAACACCUGAGGAACCGUUACACAAAUGUCAAGAAUCAGAUCCAGGAAAGGUCUGCUCUCAUACAGAAAGCUACCAGUCAAAACCAAGACUUCGAGAACGCUGUGCAGUCACUGGAUUUCUUCUUGGUCAAUUUGCCCAAUAACAAGAUCAAAUCUACUGAUGGUGUUGCACAGAUAACAGCCAAGCAAAACUCUCAGAAUAGAGUGAUUGAGGACGUCGAGAAGAAAUCAGGGGAUUUAAACCGAGUCAAGGUUCUUUCUCGUGACCUGCAAAUCAUCUUAAAUGAGUAUGAGGUUAAUUCAAAAACUUACCGUGGCUCUCUGGAUGUCGAUGAUGAUGAUGAUGAUGAUGACGACGACAACGACGAUGAGGAACCAGUUCUAAAGAGACGUCAAAUUUUAACUAUGGCUCAAGCUGUACAGAGAAAGGAGAAAGAUCUACUGAACCUUUACUCUGAGGUGUCUGCAGAAAAUAACCAGUUACUCAGCCAGUUGAGGACAGCGAAGAAUAUCAUGGCCAGGAAUGAAGAGAAAAAAAGUCAGGUAGUCGUCAGUCAGCAGCGGCAGCUACAAAGCCAGCAGAGGACCCUGGAGGCGAGUGACAGCCUGAAGAAAGACCUGCGUGAGGAGAAUGCCAGGCGCUUACAUGCUGAAAAUGACCUUGAAACAUACCGGAAGCGGUUCAUGUCUCUGAAGAGCAGGAGAGGAGUUGAGAGGGUGGAGGAGAAGGAGGUGGUUCAGUACUACCGUGACCCCAAACUGGAGGCAGAACUACAGUCCCUGAAGAACAGGAUCCAGGAUGAAUCAUUGAAGAGGUCAAGAACCCAUUCAGACAUGAAAAUAAUGAGUGAGACGGUAAAGAAACUUGAAACACAGCUGAUCAAAACUGAACCUAAAAUGGUGACCAAGUUACUGACCGAAUACGAGAGAGACCCCCAGCUUGACAAAGAAGCAGCCAAGAUCAGAGAUGAGAUGCAGAGAAUACGUCUGGAGCUUCAAACAAGAGACACUGAGACGUUUCGUAUCAAAAAUGAGCUUACUGUUCUGGCUCAACAGAAACCAAGAAUCAGAGAGAGGGUUGUGAAGAAGGAAGUGGUGAGGCUCGAAAAGGAUCCAGAGAUGCUGAAAGCUGUUCUCUCAUUCAGGGGAGAAAUUACAGAGGAGGAAUUCCGGUGCAAGUCCCUCAAUGAUACCAUCUUCACCACAAGGAGCCAGAUAAACACACUUGAGAGGGUUAUUCCCACCAUCCAACCGAAGGUAGUCACUAAGUUGGUGAAGCAAGUGCAACAAGAUCCAGAAAUGAUCGAAGAGUCAAACAAGUUACGUAUGAUCUUGGAAGAGGAGAAAGAUCAGAACGUUAUCUUGAUGAAGGACCUGACCACAUUGCAGCUACGUUAUGAUGAAGUGGAGAAGCUCGAGCGUAAAGUCGAGGUCAAUGAGAUCAUCAAUGAGAUUUACAGAGUCGAUCCUGAUACUGAAAUCGAGCUGGUACGUCUGAGAAAAGAGCUGCAGGAGUCUGGCCGAAACCGUACGGAUCUAGAGAAAGAAAUCGAAGCAGUUAUGGUGACUCUGACUACCCUGCGUACUCAGAAACCCAAAGUGGAGUACAGGGAGGUGACUCAGGAUGUGAUCAAGGAGGAGAAAAGCCCAGAGGUCAUCAGGGAAUUACAAAGACUGAACAACCAGGUCACCCGUCUGCAAGUCAACUAUGACACCAUCCUAGAGCUGCGGAGCCGUCUACAAAAAGAAAGAGAUGAGCUGAAAGGUGAAAAAUCCAAGGUCCAGACAAAGGUAGUGACUAGAGAGAUCAUCAAGUAUCAGAAUGACCCUCUCAUUGAGAAAGAAGCUGACAGACUUCGGAAGAAUGUUAGAGAAGAGACACACCAGCGCCGCAGUGUGGAGGAAAAUCUCUUUGACCUUCAGAACCAAUAUAUUCUUCUUGAACGGCAGAAGCCAGAGGAGAAGAUCCUAGUGCAGGAAGUGGUGCGUCUUCAGAAGGAUCCCAAGCAGAUCCUGGAGCAUGAGAGGUUAAGCAAGUCCAUAGAUGAUGAAGUGAAAGCCCGUAGAAAGUUUGAAUUAGAGGUUAGACAGCUCAGAACCCUGGUUCAAGAAAGAGAGCGUAGCCUGACUCAGAUGGACGAUCGCCAGAAGAUGAUUCAAGUAGAGUCUGAGCUUAGGCACAUCAAAUCACGCAUUUAUGAGCUGGAAAGUUCUCCACCACCUGUUGAGGAAAAGAUCAUCAUUGAGGAAGUCCUGAAAGUGGAGAGAGAUCCAAUGUUGGAGAAACUCACUGAAGGUAUUCGUGUUGACAUGGACACUGAGCGCACCAAUGUUAAUCGUUUAGAGAGAGAAAUCUUCAACCUGAGUCACACGUUGGAAAUUCUGCAAAAGGACAAGUCAAUUGAGAGGGUUGUUUACAGAGAAGUUGUGCGUGUAGAGAAAGAUCCAACAGUGGAGGCUGAACGGGAACAUCUAAGAGAGCUAGUUACACAGGAGAGGAAUCUCAGGCGUGACCAGGAAGAUAACCUUCAGAACAUCAACAUCAAAAUGACCCAUCUCCAGACAUCUUUGUCUAUGACCACUCAGGAUGAGAGGACUCUCUUUACCAGCAAAGAUGCUCUGCAGAGAGAGAACGAAGAUCUCCUCAAACAGCUCAAAAUGCUAGAGUCUGAAAGACAGAAUAUUAGCAUAUCCUUCCAGCAACAGUCUAAGCUGAUGAGUGAGAGAAGCCAGCUUGCAUGGCAGAGGAGUCAAAAGACAUCUUCUGAAAUACAACGGUUGGAGAAAGACAUUCUGGACGAAAAAGAUAGAAUACACCAAAAAGAAACACUCAUCCUUGACCUGCGGGGCAACAUUAAAAAAGAGGACCACUCUGAAACUCAGACCAGAGAGACUAAUCUUUCCACAAAGAUCAGCAUCCUGGAUCCAGACACUGGCAAAGACCUAUCUCCAUUUGAUGCCUACACAAAAGGACUUAUUGAUCGCAACCAGUACAUCCGUUUGUCAGAGCUGGAGUGUGACUGGGAGGAAAUCAGUUCAAGUGGUCCAGAUGGGGAUACAACAAUUCUGCAGGAUCGCAAGAGUGGGAGGCAGUUCUCUGUCAAGGAUGCCCUGGCGGAUGGUCGCUUGACCCAGUAUGAAUUGACCCGCUACAGGGAAGGGAAAAUGCCUAUUUCUGAAUUUGCCCUUCUUGUUGCAGGGGAAACUAAAAAGCCCUACCCUACUUCAUUAAUAUCCCCAAGAUCACCCACCAGACCCACCCCAGCCUCUCCCUUAAACUCCAUGCCAUCUUCUCUGAGGUCCUCCUACACCAGUCUCAACUCUUACCAUAGUGGCAGUUUGGACAACCUCAGUGUUUCAGCAGGCGAUGAGUACUUCCCAAUCUCUGGUAUUUUUGACACCACCACUGAAAGAGGUAUGUCUGUCAGAAGUGCCUUGACCCGUAAAAUCAUAGAUACUGACACAGCUCUGAAGCUGCUAGAGGCACAGGCAGCCUCGGGUGGAAUUGUUGAUCUCACCAGAAAAGACAAACUGUCUGUCCACAAAGCAGUUCAACAUGGUCUCAUUGACUCGGGUCACAUGCACAAGCUUCUGAAUGCCCAAAAGGCUUUCACUGGAGUCGAAGAUCCUGUGACCAAAGUGCGUCUGGCAGUGGGACAGGCAGCACAGAAAGGGUACAUUCCCCAAGAAAAUGCCAGGAGAUACCUAGAGGCGCAGUACUUGACUGGUGGUUUGGUAGAUCCCAGUAAAACUGGCCGCCUAACCGUCCAAGAAGCUCUCGCCACCAAUCUCAUUGAUAACACAACAGCUAAUAACCUGACCGAUGUGUCUUCCCACACAAAAGAGCUGGUGGACCCCAUCACUAAAGAGAAUAUAUCAUACAAGCAGGCAAUGGACCGGUGUAAGAGAGACAUCAGCACAGGGCUCCUGUUGCUUCCUGCUCCCUCCACUGAUGCCGCAAAUUCCCCAUCAUACUCAAACCUUCAGUUGAAUUCCUCUAACAGCAGAGUCUAG